CCACAAGGCAGCAGGAGCAGAGAGCAGCCAUUGCUGUGUCUGGCAGCAGAGGCGUGAAGAAGACAUCUGGUGAGCGUGAGACACCCAGCAGCCUUCCUCGUGUGUCAGGAGGACCGAGCAGGUCCCAGAGCCCCAUCACGGUGCCUCCACCUCACUCACUGAUACAUGAGAGACACAGUGACCAGAAGAUCUAGGAACUCAUCAACAAGAUCAUUCCGCUGCUGACUGGAGAGGGGACUGCUGGGAAUGGAACAUUAUACAGAGGAGGAGUAUAUAGAGGAACACAGGGGUCUGUACAAGGACAUUAUGAUGGAGAAUCACCGGCCCCUCACAUCACUGGAUGGGCCCAGUAACAGAGAUACCCCAGAGAGAUGUCCCCGUCCUCUGUAUUCCCAGGAUUGUACAGAGGAGAAUCACAGGAUCCCACAGGAGGAUCAGGUCCAUCGUCUGUCUGAUAUUAAAACAGAAGAUAUAGAGGGAGAAGAGAUGUAUGUGACUGAUAUGAAGGCAGAAGAUAUAGAGGAAGAAGAAGAGACGUAUGUGACUGAUAUAAAGGCAGAAGAUAUAGAGGGAGAAGAAGAGACGUAUGUGACUGAUAUAAAGGCUGAAGAUAUAGAGGGAGAAGAAGAGACGUAUGUGACUGAUAUAAAGGCAGAAGAUAUAGAGGGAGAAGAAGAGACGUAUGUGACUGAUAUAAAGGCAGAAGAUCUAGAGGGAGAAGAAGAGACGUGUGUGACUGAUAUAAAGGUAGAAGAUAUAGAGGGAGAAGAAGAGACGUGUGUGAUUGAUAUAAAGGCAGAAGAUACAGAGGGAGAAGAAGAGACGUAUGUGACUGAUAUAAAGGCAGAAGAUAUAGAGGGAGAAGAAGAGACGUAUGCGACUGAUAUAAAGGCAGAAGAUAUAGAGGGAGAAGAAGAGACGUAUGUGACUGAUAUAAAGGCAGAAGAUAUAGAGGGAGAAGAAGAGACGUAUGUGACUGAUAUGAAGGCAGAAGAUAUAGAUGGAGAAGAAGAGACGUAUGUGAGGGGUGAUCAGCAGUGUAAGGAGGAGGAGAUCCCUACAGAUAUCAGCACAGCAGAUGGACACACAAGCAGGAAUAUCUCAGAAGGACAUCUAAUGUUAUCCCCGGAUUGUGACAUAAAAGAUCAUGACAGUAUACAGGAAUCUCCAGGAGAUAAUCCCAUUAUCCCAAUUGUACAUCCAGCUCUAUCAGCUGAUCCCUCUGAUCCUGGGAAAUGUUCUCCUGAUCACUCUGAUAUUGGUGCAUCUGUUACAGCUCUGACAGUAGAUACAGUGUUUCCCUGUUCUAUAGAUGCCAAAUGUUUUACACAGAACACAAAGCGUAUUAACCCACACACAGGUAAGGCAGGUGAAAUGCCACUGAUAUGUUCUGAGUGUGGGAAAUGUUUUACACAAAAUUCACAACUUGUUACACAUCAGCAAAGUCACACAGGUGAGAAGCCAUUUCCAUGUUCUGAGUGUGGGAAAUGUUUUGUAUCGAAAUCACAUCUUGUUAUACAUAACAGAAGUCACACAGGUGAGAAGCCAUUUUCUUGCUCUGAGUGUGGGAAAUGUUUUCCAUGGAAAUCACAUCUUGUUAGACAUCAGCAAAGCCACACAGGUGAGAAGCCAUUUUCUUGCUCUGAGUGCGGGAAAUGUUUUUCACGGAAAUCACAUCUUGUUAGACAUCAGCAAAGCCACACAGGUGAGAAGCCAUUUCCGUGUUCUGAGUGUGGGAAAUGUUUUUCACGGGAAUCACAUCUUGUUAGACAUCACAGAAGUCACACAGGUGAGAAACCAUUUUCUUGCUCUGAGUGUGGGAAAUGUUUUACACGGAAAUCAGAUCUUGUUAUACAUCACAGAAGUCACACAGGUGAGAAGGCAUUUCCAUGUUCUGAGUGUGGGAAAUGUUUUGCACGGAAAUUAGAUCUUGUUAUUCAUCACAGAAGUCACACAGGUGAGAAGCCAUUUCCAUGUUCUGAGUGUGGGAAAUGUUUUACACACAAAUCAGAUCUUAAUGUACAUCACAGAAGUCACACAGGUGAGAAGCCAUUUGCAUGUUCUGAGUGUGGGAAAUGUUUUGCACAUAAAUCAGAUCUUGUUAGACAUCAGCGAACUCACACAGGUGAGAGGCCAUUUUCUUGCUCUGAGUGUGGGAAAUGUUUUACAAAGAAAUCAUAUCUUGUUAGACAUCAGCGAACUCACACAGGUGAGAGGCCAUUUUCUUGCUCUGAGUGUGGGAAAUGUUUUACAUGGAAAUCCCAACUUGUUACACAUCAGCAAAGUCACACAGGUGAGAAGCCAUUUCCAUGUUCUGAGUGUGGGAAAUGUUUUGCACAGAAAUCAGAUCUUGUUAUACAUCACAGAAGUCACACAGGUGAGAAGCCAUUUUCUUGCUCUGAGUGUGGGAAAUGUUUUACAAAGAAAUCACAUCUUGUUAGACAUCAGCGAACUCACACAGGUGAGAGGCCACUGAUAUGUUCUGAGUGUGGGAAAUGUUUUACAUACAAAUCGCAUCUUGUUAGACAUCAGAAAAGUCACACAGGUGAGAGGCCAUUUCCAUGUUCUGAGUGUGGGAAAUGUUUUGCACACACAUCAGAUCUUGUUAGACAUAACAGAAGUCACACAGGUGAGAAGCCAUAUCCAUGUUCUGAGUGUGGGAAAUGUUUUGCGCACACAUCAGAUCUUGUUAUACAUAAGAGAAGUCACACAGGUGAGAGGCCCUUUUCUUGCUCUGAGUGUGGGAAAUGUUUUAUACAGAAAUCACAUCUUGUUAUACAUCAAAGAAGUCACACAGGUGAGAAGCCAUUUCCAUGUUAUGAGUGUGGGAAAUGUUUUAUAUACAAAUCACAUCUUGAUAUACAUCAGAAAAUUCAUACAGGUGAGAAACCAUUUCCAUGUUCUGAGUGUGGGAAAGGUUUUACAAACAAAUCGCAUCUUGUUAGACAUCAGAGAAGUCAUACAGGUGAGAAGCCAUUUCCAUGUUCUGCGUGUGGGAAAUGUUUUGCAUUGAAAUCAAAUCUUGUUACACAUCAGCAAAGUCACACAGGUGAGAAGCCAUUUCCAUGUUCUGAGUGUGGGAAAUGUUUUGCACAAAAAUCAGAUCUUGUUAUACAUAAGCGAAGUCACAGGUGAGAAGCCAUUUCCAUGUUUUGAGUGUGGGAAAUGUAUUGCACACAAAUCAGAUCUCAUUAAACAUGAGAGAAGUCA